AUGUCUCGCUUCCCUGCCAUUCCUCCAGACCAACAGACCGCCGAGCAAAGCGUGGUCGAGCCCAGUGCCCGCCGCAUCUUCUCUCAUCUGCCUCCCGAAGUACAAUGGCAGGGUCCCUCAGGCGUCAUUCUGGGCCCUUACUCUCCUCUGUACUACACCCCCUCCAUCAUCAAACCCUGGUUCUCCUUCGCCUACUCCAUCGGGUCCCAACCCCACGUCACAGCGCGCGAGAAGGAGCUCGCCAUCCUCGCUACUUUAGCUGAACACAAGGCGCCCUAUGUCCAGUACGCCCAUUCUCACAGUGCCCGCGCUGCAGGUUUCUCCCAGGAGCAGAUCGCGCAGGCGCUGCAGGGACAACACCAGCAGCCUCCUGCCGGGUUAUCGGAUGCUGAGCAGGCGGUCUAUAUGGCAGCCUUGGCGAUGGCGCGGUCGAGGGGUCCCAUCUCCACGGAGGAUUUCGAUACAGCAGUGGCUGCCCUGGGCAGGGAGAAGGUGGCGGAGUUGGCUCAUGUUGUAGGCGGGUAUAUGUAUGUUUGCUUGCUGUCGAAUUUGGCAAAUGAGGAGGUUCCGGGUGGGGGUGUGGUUGGUGAGGAGGAUGGGAGGGUUGAUGAGUAG